UGUCCGCCAUUGUACUCCGAACCAGGGAGCUUUUCUGCGAUAGGGGAUCUAAUGCGGUAGAAUCAGUGUGUGUUGUUGAUCAAUAAUUAGCAGAAAUUCGAGCUCCACUCGCAGCUGCUGUGAUUUAUUUCUCUACUAAUAAUCUUCCUCUUUCACGAUAUUCCAGUGUUGGAGACCAUCGCUUGUUGAACCACCUCCUUUCACUAUCUGUACAGUCUCCCUCAUGGAGCUGUGCGUUGCGACGUAUGCAGAGUAGCAGUGUGCAGAUAUUUUGCAGAGCUGCUUGGCGAUUCCUUUAAUUUCUUGUUUUAGUCACUGCUUUGAGGAGGAUAUAUGUGCCGAGUUAGAGUUGACUGGAGUGGCCAUUUGAAGUAGUUUGCGCUAGGGUGUGGGAAACUCUUUGAGCGACCUUCCGAAGCCUGCAACGAUUGGUUUUUGCUGGUUAUGACGACUAGAUGCCUGUUAUAUGUUAUUUUACUAGCUGUGGAGUGCUACCUAGGCUUUUCUUCAGUCUCCUCCACUUGUUUGCUGUGUUUGUUGCUCUCGAGGAUUCGUUGUCCAGCGUGCGCUCAAGAAGCUUUAGCGCUGAAGACUUAGAGCUCAAUGAGGCUGUAAAGACUAGUGCGCAUUGUGCCAUCUGAGUUGAGGAAUUUUAUGGCCUUUCGUAGUUUCGAACCGCUUUAUUUGUAGGCCACUUUCGACUAACUGCCAGCUCGUUCAGAAUUUUAGUGUUAGUGAAAUUUGGCUGCUUAUCUCUUGGGGACGCAUUGGAGUUCCGUGAAGCGUUAGAGCGAACUUCACUUACGCGGGGUGUAGGUGUCCAACUGCCGAGGAUUAAAUGUGUCUAGAGAGUGUAAAUUAAGUUUAGACCAUCUUCUGUGUAGCCAUAGUCGUUAGUAGCUCAGUAUUGUCUUGUGUGUCAAAUUUGGAGGCCUUUAGUUCUCUUGCGGUUCUUGGUCAUUUUCACUGUACUGCAUAGUGACCAAUCGAUUGCCUAAUUUACCUACCACUUCUCUACAUAUUCUUACGCAAAUUAGUACAGAUUGUUCGACAACGGAGAUCUUUUUUAUCCUAGUUUGCUUCUUCGACAACGGAGAUUUUUUUUGUCUUCCAACAUAUUUCCUCCCAAACCCAGAAGUUGUGAGGACUAUACCCAACGACACUGGGAAUGCUUUUUCUGCAGCGGUAUUGGCAGUUUGGUCCGCUGUUCUGUGCUGCCAUGGUGCGUCAAAUGCACACCGUACUGCAUCUCCUACACACAUUAAAUGAGCUACAUAACACUGCCGUAGUGGCGUGGUGCUCACACGACCAGCUUUUUUGUCUUCACCCUCUAACCAACCUUUGAAUUGUGCAAGUUUCUUACCGAAGCCCUCACCUUCCCCAAAAUCGUUAGGGCUCUAGGCAACAAAGCCGGGGUCAUCAUCUUCCUCAGGAAAACAACCCAAAGGAAUUACAUUAAGUUGUCUAUAAGAAGGGGUGCAAAUUACAACCACCAGUUAGCUUCAAAAAAAUUGAUUAGUCUGGUGUCGAGGGAAUCUGGGGUGGUUAAUCCUCCCCAGCAAGUCGAUUGGACUGGCAUUCAACUGGCAAGGCGUCGUUGCGCUGCGGGGCUGCAUGAGGGUGAUGGAUGAACUCACAGAGGUCCACAGGCGGACGCCAUCCUUUCAGCACGCAGGUGCGCAGUCUCCUCGAGUGGGAGCUUGCGUGGGCGCUUUCUUCAAUCUGUUCGACUGGAGCUCCAGCAAGCGCUUCUCCUCCACCAAGCGAAUCACUGCAGAAAGGCCGAACUCGGGAUCACUUUAUGCUGGGGGAGAUAGAAGCUUUGCUGAACGCACUAAUCCCACAAUCUCGAAGCCAUUACUGAUCGAUAAGGAUAAAGAUGAAGCUUCUCCAACGUUGAAAACCACGCCAACAGUAAGCUCUCUUCCAAGUCCAGCUUCCGUCAAGUCGGACGAUACCGGCAAACGCGUCCCUGGGGUGAUAGCUCGUCUUAUGGGUCUUGAAUCCCUGCCUGAUGGGCCGCAUCCGUUACCAAAAUCUGAGUCACAGUAUCUCCAAAACAGUUUGGCUUGUGACCAAUUAGAUUCUUCACCCCUGGUACUUCAAGAGCUUCUACGCCAAGAGUUUCAACACUCCAAAAAUUCGCAGAAAGAUAAACUUCCAGGGUUGCUGAAGAAGCCACAAGCUUCGAAACCCGCGCGAGUUUCCGCAUCUCAAAGGAAGAAAUCGUCAGGUCAUUACGUAGAGCACGUACAUCCUUAUAGCGACUCCAGAACCCCGAGAUCGUCACGACCUGGAGAGAAAAAAAUUUCAUCUACACAGGAAGACACCAAGGUCCUGGUGAAGCAACCCUUUCUUUCUCGUCUGCAGACAGGUACUUCUCCCAUUCUACCUUCAAAGUCUCACAGCUCCAAUUCUACACCUAUUCUGUCCCCUGCAAUGCUUGGAGGUAAGAAUACGAUGAGGCUAUUGGAGGCCGCAGUGAGCAGCAUGCAACCCUCCCCAAGGAGCAGAUAUUGUUUGGCAAGAGAUUCACACAGGGACACUCAAAGUGAGAGUGGCGUAAGCUUGUCGUCUGAGAAGAGAGCCUUGACAUCCUGUCCUGGUCGAGGUGGUAGGCUGACAAAUUCCUCCGGUAGGUCGAUGAGGAGCCAGUAUUUGUCAAGGAGUGAGAAGGCUGAGCAGUGCGGUCACACAGGUGCAGAAGUGGCCUCUUCUGGAAGUCGGAGUUCCAAAAGCCGCCACGAAUCAUGUAAACAAGACCAAGCUAGUCGGAGGCGUUUUGAGAUGGGAUUGGUGGCUUCAGCUAAGUCGACGUCCCCCCAGCAGACCCAUAGAACCAAAGUCUCAAAUUUGAAACGGGUGGAAAGUUCUCCCCGACAUAUGUUGGGUUCUCGCGAGACUGCAACCCAUGGGUUCCAAACUGAUCUGGAGAAAAUUGAUCAAGGGGAGUCCCGUGUGGACAAGAAGAGGGAGAAACAGGAGUCUGAUGCUUUCUCUGCAGAAUCCGAGGCGCAAUUUCAUGCUAAGGUUCCUUUUACUCCACCUCGGGGUGAGCUCACUGAUGUAGAUGUGGAAUUACCAACUCCUUGCACUCGUGUUGGAAAUGUUGAUGCCAAAGCUGAUAUCAAGGCGGAUUUCAAAGCCGACCUCAACCGAGGAUCAUCACCAUCCAUGCACAAGGUCACUCCAGAGAAGUCUGUGUCUGGUGGUGGCUUUCGUUCUAUCCGUUUUCGCACCAGAAGUUUGAAGCAGGAGAAGGACGUUGGCGGCCAAGGGAAUCGUGUUUUUCCCUCUGAUAAGCAUCCGAUAGAGAGGUCCGUGUCACCCUCAUUACCGAAGAAAGACAAGUCGACAGGUGCCGGUUUUAGCUACAGCAUGCUCUUCAGCGGUAGAAAGCGAGGUGACAAGGAAGGGAAUGACAAAGGGGAAGCUCUCGUAAUGAAGAGGACAGACAGCACUUUGAUGCGAUCUUUGUUGAGGAGGCCAAGUAGUGUGUCUGGUCCAUCUCCUGUGUCGUCCGCCAAACCUGGCUCUCAUGGUAAUGUCAAGAAGAAUACAAAGCCUACCAAGAAGGUUUAUAUUGAAGAGGGUGUGAAGAAGGUGGAAACUGCACUAGUGGUGGCUAGUCAACAUUCUUCGCUGCAUAAGAUUUCAUCAGAACCGAUAUUGUCGCUACCUCAGAUACAUCUCGAUAGUUCUUUUCCGCAAGCCAAAUUCAGAUCAAUUGAUGAUGUAUAUCCUGUGCUUCCGAUGGACGAUAAUGAGGUAAAUGGGGAGGCGUCAGACCUAGCAAUGACCAUCCAACCAGUGGAGGAUCAGUUUCCGGGAUUCGAACCACCAGGUGACCAGUCAGACUGCCUAUCUGUCGAGCGAGGCUUGGAAAAAAGCUUUACAAGGGCUUUAAUGCCUGUUGUAUCUACAAGCCCUGAUUUUGCUUGUGUGACAAGUCCCGUAAGUCCCGAAGUCUUUGUUACUGAAUGCGGACCAGUCCCAGGGACAUUUCCAAAUAGUCCCAUGGCCAAGUAUGAGAAGAUUUUCUUCUCUUCACGGAACCAUCAGGAUAUGUUUGAAGUUGUUUCCGGGGACCGCCCACAUGAAUUGACAUGUAGACGACGAAGUUUCUGUUUGUCGGAGGCUAGGGACAGUAGUUUAGCUCCGUCAAAUGAUGAAGAAGCUGAGACCAAGCUGGAUGUUUGUAGCAAUAGUAUUGAUGGCGAUACGAGAGGCACGCCCGAGCAUCUCGAGAUCCAAAAUAUUCCAGUGAAUACUGGGUGGAGUGAGGAUGUCAUGGUGACGCCCCCUGCUUUGAAGAAGUUUGAGAUGAAGGGACAAUGCUUCUUGCGCUCAGAUGUUUCGAGGGUUGAAGAAUGUGGGCAACCCAGUCCUGUGUCUGUUCUUGAGAAUCCGUUUCUUGACGAGAGUCCGUUGGCCGUUACAAGCCUUUCUGGGUCGCGGAAUACGGACGAUGAUGAAGAACAAAACCAGAAAUUUAAGGAAAAUGUCCCACUUUCAAAAGUUGCGGAGAUGGCCUCGUUGGAGAUGGUAGAGACGGAGAAGAUCAAGCAAGCGAUUCUGGAUAUCUCCAGAUUUCGUAACAUUGACGUGAAAAGCAUUGGAUUAGAAUCACCCUCUAUCGAUCCAGUAAAUCCACAGCAGGAGCUAAACUACGUCAGAGAGGUUUUGGAUGCUGCUAAUUUGCUCAGAGAGGAAUGCAGAUGGUUCUCCGCUGAUUCUCCAAUGAACCGAUCCUUGUUCGACAGACUGGAGUUUGGAAGUAUCAAGCUGGACGAACGCAUAUUGAUGGAGUCCAAGCGGUGGGGCACCCUUCCGGAUGCACCGAGACCGGGAUCUGGUUUAAGAUCGGAGCGGAAGCUUCUCUUUGAUUCUAUAAACGAGGUCAUGGCGGUUGAGCCGUGGAUGAAAACCUCUACAUUUUAUGUUGAUCUACCCAUGUUCCCCGACAUGCACUCUAAAUCUAAAUUCCGAUCACCAAUUUCAGGCGAGCUGCUGGUGAAGGAAGUCUACAGAAUGAUCUGUCACUGGAAAGAUAUUGCUGGCAAUGUGUUGGACGAUUUGAUAGACUAUGAUAUGAACGUGCCUGAAGGCCGGUGGGUUGAUUUCAGCGAAGAGGUGGCUGACAUAGGCCUUGACAUUGAACGCACGCUGCUAGAAGGCAUCAUUGAAGAGGUUGCCAAGGAUCUGACCUCAAAUUUAAUGAGGCUAAGUUUGAAGUCUGUGAAGUGAAGUAGCAGAUAUCACAGAAGGCUUCUAUACCGAGGAUUCAGAUUUUCGGUGUUCCAUUGGAACUUCCAACAGAUCAGGCUCGGUAUUGCUUGAAAGCAGAGAAUUUACGAGGAAAUUUAAAUCAUCACUUCUCUGCAUAUGGUCAGUAGCAAUGCGACGCAAAGAGUUCAAACACUCGGGCUACACACUGUCCCAAGAAUUCUGAGUACUGCAGACGAAUGCACCACUCUAUGUCCACUUCAGCAGUCGCGACUGUCUUUUCCCCGCUACCCUGCAGAUGCAGCUAAGCGUAUUGGGACGCAUGUACAUAGCGACGUUCAUGACGGCAAGUAUUCUGUUCAUUACAACAGACGAUUUGACGAGGUUUUAAGAUCGUAGUUGAGAUUCUGAAUACGUCUAUCGAUGAGCCCAAUUUCAAUUAUUUAGGCAGCUGCUUCUUGUCAAUACAGUGGAUGUCAUCAGAUAGCGCAGGGGAUCAAUGAAGCCUGGGCCUAGUCCGGUUCGCAAACAGUUUCCAGCGACCUUUCUUCUGUUCAUUCUGAUAAGUAUCAAUGAUAUAAACAGUCCUGUAUAAUGCAAGCCUUAUCUUAUUAA